GAUGUUUUGGCGGCUAGCAUCAUCUGCUAAGAAAACGGUGUUUUUAAAGGGAAACCAAGGUUGUUGAGGUCUGUGGUGGGCAGAGCAGGUUGAAGGUUGCUGCUGGUUGCAGGGCCCUGUGGAGCAGAAGAGCUGUGCCAUUCCCCCUUUUUUCCUCUCAUGUCUCCCCCUGUGUGUUUCCCUGUGUGUUAGUGACCCCCACCCGCCCCCCACCUGAUCCCCCCCCCGUCGUGUCGCCGCUCCCGCCCGAAGCCCCCCUCUCACCCCAUGCUUGGGCCAAAGCCAGCUCACUGCCAGCCCAAUGACUGCCUGGAUCGUCCUGCCUGUCAGCCUGUCUGCCUUCUCCAUCACGGGAAUAUGGAUCGUGUAUGCCAUGGCUGUGAUGAAUCACCACGUUUGUCCUGUGGAGAACUGGUCCUACAAUGUGACAUGCACAGAGGAGCUGCCUCGACCAGGCUUCCCCAAGACCUGCUGCACCAUCCAGGACAUCCCCCUCAUCAGUAAAUGUGGCUCCUUCCCUCCUGAAAGCUGCCUGUUCAGCCUGAUCGGCAACGUCGGAGCCUUCAUGGUGGUGAUGGUGUGCCUUCUGCGCUACGCCCAGGUGAUCGAACACAGCCACCGCUGCUGGGUCAACACCAGCGCUCUGGUGUCUGGCUGCACCAACGCUGUGGGUCUGGUCAUGGUGGGAAACUUCCAGGUUGAUCACGCCAAAUCUCUGCACUACGUGGGAGCCGGAGUGGCGUUUCCAGCAGGGCUGCUGUUUGUGUGUCUGCAGUGUGUGCUCACCUACCGGGUGGCCAUGACCGCCCUCGACUACUGGAUGGCCCACUUCAGAGUGGCUCUGGCACUGGGAGCUAUGGUCUCCCUCGUCCUCAGCGGCAUCUUCUUCAUCCACGAGAGCUUCAUCCUGCAGCACGCUGCCGCCAUCUGUGAGUGGGUCUUCACGGUGGACAUCCUGGUUUUCUACGGCACCUUCACAUACGAGUUCGGCACCGUCACCAGCGAGACCAUGAUGGCGGGCCUGCAGCAGAGUCACCACCACGGCUCAGGGGUGAUCAUAGGCCCCCGGGCGCGAGGCUCGACGAUGGGCGGGGCGACGAAGGGCCUCAAGUCUCCCGGAGGAAGCAGCACGUCGACACAUCUCAACUGUACCCCAGAGAGUAUAGCCAUGUUGUAGCUCUGCGUCGCAGUCCAAAGCUCUCAAACGUUACUGCGGAGGUGCUUCAUGGGCCCCACAGGAAGGCAGGACGUUCUGAUAACCAACACCAGGUUGUCCCAUCUGUACUGCUCUACUAUCUUUUAUUUGUUUUCCAGCAUUGGUGCAAACCACUUCAGCCAAAUGUCACGUUUUCUGUAGCGAUGUUGAGAGGAGGGCUGAAUGUGUGGAGCCGGUCUGAGCACUGGAACCGUGAAUGUUUUCAAAGAUGGCUGUUGAUUUCUUCACUUGAGUCACUUGUUUCUGAACCAGUUUUUUUAAUAACUGUGCAUCACUGGUGUGCCCACAACGUUUUUAAAAAAAAAUUCUCUCCCCACCGACCCAACGCUUGGCACGCCCACCUGUGUUGGCCUUUUGCUUUUCUCUGCACGGCACACUUUUUGAAUGAGAGAAUAACAAUUAACGUUUGAGUUUGUGUAGUGAGUAGAAAAUACUGAAUGUUUGAGAAGUGAGUAGUUAACAGUUACGUAUGUGUUUCAGGCUGUAAGCAUUCAGCCCUCAUUUAGUCAAUCAAGAGCAAACGAUCCGUCAAACGAUCUGCAAAAAUCACUUCACCCGACAGUUUGGUUCAUUUGGUCUCAGAUGAUUUUAACGGUGUUUUUUAUAUGAUUAUGUAUACGUGUAUCUGGAGCCACCGUCAUUCUUGAGAUCAUAAUCGAUUUCACUGACAUGUGAGUGCAGCUGCACAGGAAGCUACUGGUCACUUCUGUUCUAAUGUCCAGCGGCGAGUGAAUCUCAAUCACUUUGAACUGAGAAUCUCUGAAGUUGCCGUUCAGUUAUUGUUGCAUGAUCGGAUGAUUUCUUUCUAACAUUUACAUUUCAUCGACUGUCCUGUCCGGUGCAAUAAUCGCCAUCAAUCAUGUGCUCAUUUACGCUCCACUGGAGUGAAUAAUGCCUUUUGUCAGUGUGUUGGAUCUGAACACGGGGCUCUUUUUUUGUUUUCAAGGAAAAAGUGACACCCAGACGUUUGACGUGGUCUGAAUCUGCCAGUAAAACAAGCGUCUGUGUGAAGGUAAAACUCUGAACCUGACGCGUUCACAGAGCCCCAGUUCUCGUCCACACACUGAUUUAAUUCCAGGCUGGACCUUUGGAAGCCUUAUUUGAGUUUUGAGAAUAAUUUUUCUGUUAAAAUAUGAAGCAAUGUGUUAACUGAAAGUGAAUUUGAUGCUUGUAGACUUUGUGCCAUAAACCUCAUGGCGUCACGAUGGUGUCAGAACAGUGUCGGAGCAGAAAGCAGCCGACAGACUGAAGCGUGUUGAAGACUGUUUCUGUCAGCGUCAUGAACAAACAUCCAAAAUACUGAUUUCGUUUAACAGAACAACAGCAAUUUACUAAAACAUGGAGUAAGUUUAACAAAAUAAUGAGAAACGUUCUCCAGAUGAGUUUAUAUCCCAAAAUAUAUUCUGGUGCGAUCUCAGUUUCAAGAAAGUUUCAGUAUUUUAAGAUUGUAGCUCAUUAUUGAGGCAUCUCAGUAUUUUAAAGAAGUCAAAACGAGUUAGUAUCUAUAAAUAAUGAGAAACCUAAAAAAAAUACACUAUCAAAAUAAAAGGUUGGUAUCAAAAUAAGAGACUCAGUAUUUUUGAGGAAGUUUGAGUUGCUGUGUAAAAAUAUUGAGAAAAUGUUCGAGUUAUUAUCUCACUUCAAGAUUCUAGUCUGUUAUUUUGAGUUGAUCAUUUUGUGAUACUGUCGCACUUUGAGUCACCAACAUUAUUUAGAAAAGUUUCUCUGAAGUGACAAACUGAUUUUGAGAUUUUCUCAUUAUUUUGAAAAACUCUCAAAAUAACGUGAAACUUUCUCAAAAUAACGAGUUAAUAUCUCAGAAUCAUUUUGAAAACGUUUCACAUUAUUUUGAGAUGAACUUUCUCAGUGUGAUGAAUCACAGGAUUGUUUCUGUAACACUGACAGAAAAAGUCUCCCACAGAAGUGAAAACGUGUCAUGUUGAUGUUUUUGUUUGAUUUCCUGUUGCCAAUUUCUCUCAUAUUGAUCAUUAACUCAACACCAGACUGCCACAGACUGCCACUGCUCAGACUGAAGCUGAUAACUCCACCCGGUCGAGGUUUCACUCAGACGAACUUCUUGUUUUGUUUCACCACUCGCAGUAUUCUGCCCUUCAUCGUACCUGUAAUCACUGGAAGCCAGCAAUACACGUGUUUUAAAAGGUCACAUCACCUACCUCUUUUAUCUUUUGUGGGUUUGAUGUUCGGAGGUAACAGCUAGAGUUCCAACAUGUUCUUCUUUUUCAUCGGUUUCACCUUUUUUUUGUGCAAAUUAUUUAGCUUUCUUUCUGGGACAGCAGCAUCCUGAUCUUGCCAAAAAACGACUGGAGCCUUGGUUGUUGUUCUGUGUGUCGGCAGUAGGUGUGUGAGUGCACUGUUUUAGCCUUAUCCCUCGUACUGUGCCAGGGGAACAUGUUCGGCUUGUUUCUUUUUCUUUCUUUCUAUCUUUUUUUUUAAUCUUGUGUAGCCGAUUUUCACCAUACUGUAACUCAGUCACAAGGUGUGACUACAAACGGCAGCUUGUAUGAGCCCUCACAUCGGGGCCGGAUUACUUCUGUUACGCCAUCUUCCACAGGCCAAAACUUUAUGGUGGAGUUUCUUUCCUUUCUGUCCAAACAUACUAAACUGUCUCAUCUGGUGUGUUUGUUGGUUGGGCUGCCGACCUGUUCAUGUCUUGAACUCUAGCGACAACGACACAGAAACAGAAACGAGUUUAUAAAAACCUGUUAAGUCUUAUUUCCUGCAUUUGAAACAUGAGUAAGAGCCCGGUUACAGAGGAGUCCCCAAAAACAAGUCGACACAGAUGAUUUUGUUUCCUUUUAUAAAUUCUGUAAAUAUGUAUGAUUUGUCUAUCAUUUAGGUAUUUUCAUUUGACAGAGAUUUAUAUUCAAAUAUGAAAUAAAAAUGAUAAAUUAUUAGCAGAC